AUGUCAGAUAUAGCAAAUAAGGGACCUCCUCAUCUGGGACACCUUGUCGAGGUCUACGCAACUCUUCUAAUCGCUGGCGGUCAAGCUGGACUUCCCAUCAUCAUCCUCACCUUCCUUUUCGCGAAGAAUGUUCACCGCCAUCCGACUGUUGUCAAUUUCUGUAUAACUAUGAUAAUUUAUUCGAUCGUCUUUUGCUUGUUGAUAUAUGGUGGUCAGUAUCGUUUAGGACACCCUAACAAAGCUCUGUGCAUAGCACAAGCUUCCAUGAUCAUGGGAACCCUUCCUAUGAUGUGUGUUGCAGCUUUAGUCCUUGUUUUUCAAUUGUGGGUGACGUUCCAAGAGCCUGGUUCAAAAAUAUUCAAUACAUGUAGCAACAUAUACAUCAAAAUAGCGCUCCUCGUCGCUCCUUACACUGCACUUUUGGGGUACGCAGUUGCGGGAAUCAUUAUUGGAGUGUCACGCCCAGAAGUGGUGAAGCCUUCUAAUGGGUUAUAUUGUUUCCACAAGUUGAAUUCCAUUCGACGCUAUGCUGAGCCCAUACCUUGCCUUAUUCUAUUGGCCGCGACGGCAGGAUUCGAAGUUGCUAUCUUGGUCCAAUGGUAUCGUCGGUGGUACAAGGUGAAGCGAAACUUCCCUUUGGCCACGAGAAAGCUUGGGGCCAUGGUCUGCUUGCGCGCUGGCCUCUUCACCCUCUACUCUUGGGUUGCUCUCGGAUCGUCUAUUUCCUUCGUCUUCGAUACAGUUCCUGCGUUGCCUUACAUGAUCGAAGCCGGACUUCCUGUGGCUGCGUUCAUUGUCUUCGCGACGCAAAGGGACGUUAUCGAAGCCUGGUGUUUCUGGAGACGGACGUCGGACAACGGGAUAGGGCGUCGACCCUCUACUGCCGCAUUGUUGGAAAAUGAAGGCGGGUCUCCAAUGGAAUCUGUGCACCGUCAAUCGUGGCAAGUUCGUGUUUAG